CUCAAGAGAGCCUUCGGUCUGGAUCUGUCUGCGUUAUCAGCCUAAUAAUCUCUCUUUCAGCUUCAGGCCUUAAUAGAAAAGCACGCAAAAAGGAAUGUAUGGUUCAUGAAAUCUGAGCGGCUUUAUCUCUUUCUCCUCUAGUUCCUUCCCCCGUGCGCUUUAUUUUGACGAGCAUCGUCCUCGGCCGCUCAGAAGAAGCAGGUCACCCGCACAGCGACGGCCUCCGGAGACGAUAACAGGACUGAGCCUCGCCAGCAGUGCGUGUGUGCGUGCGCGCGCAUUGCAGCCCCCCCCCCCACCGCAUUGUGCGUGCGUGCGUGAGGAGGCUAAUGCCCGCCGAAGUGUGGUCAGGGCCCGAGGAGGAUGAGUCCGGCUGUCGAGGCUCAGGCCCAGGAAGCCAAGGAUGCAGAGCUCCAGAAGCAGAAGAUGCAGCAGCAACAGCAGUACCCGCAGUGCUACGCGGAGAAAGGGGUCAUGCUUGAGCCCUUCAUACACCAGGUGGGGGGGCAUUCGUGCGUCCUGCGCUUUGGCGAGCAGACCAUCUGCAAGCCCCUCAUCCCCCGCGAGCAUCAGUUCUACAAGAGCCUGCCAGCGGAGAUGAGAAGGUUCACCCCCCAGUACAGAGGCGUGGUGUCCGUCAGUUUCGAGGAGGAUGAAGAAGGGAACCUCUGCCUCAUCGCCUACCCACUCCACAGCGACCCGCUGGCCGACCUGGAGAAUAAAGACCCCUCGGACGACAGCGAGCCCAAGAGCAAGAUGCUCAAGUGGGGCAACGUGAUGGGGUCCUCCCCGCUUGUGGAGAGCGAAAACCUGAGCAAAGAGGGACGAAACCGCCACUCGCGCAAAGAUAAGAGUGCUCACAAGCUGCAAGAGGAUGUGGAGCUGGAGUGGCUGCAGCAGGCCGAGGUACUGUAUUACCGCCUGGAGCGCAGCCACAGUAACGCCGUCCCACAGCUCAAACACAACCCUUGGAGCCUCAAGUGUCACCAGCAACACCUGCAGAGGAUGAAGGACAACGCCAAGCAUCGCAAUCAAUACAAAUUCAUCCUGCUGGAAAACCUUACGUGGCAGCACGCAGUGCCAUGCGUGUUGGACCUGAAGAUGGGCACGCGGCAGCAUGGGGAUGACGCCUCAGAGGAGAAGAAGGCCCUGCAGAUCCGCAAGUGUGAGCAGAGCACAUCAGCCUCCAUAGGCGUCAGACUCUGCGGCAUGCAGGUGUAUCAGUCUGACACAGGCCAGCUGAUGUUCAUGAACAAGUACCACGGCCGUAAACUGACCCUCUCUGACUUUAAGGAGGCUCUGGUACAGUUCUUCCACAGCGGACGCCGCCUGCGUCACGAACUCCUGUCGCCGGUGCUACGCAGGCUCCGGGACAUGCAAGCCGCUCUGGAGGCCUGUGAAUCUUAUCGCUUCUACUCCAGCUCGCUGCUCAUCAUCUACGACGGAGCGCGGCACCGCAAGCACACACGCCGACGCACAGAGGGCGGCCUCUCGGAGGAAGACGAAGAGGAGGAGGAUGAAGAGGAUGAGGAGGCGGAAGCCGAACCAGAAACAGAGGAGAAAGAAGAUACGGGUGUAGCGGGUGCACUCGAUUUCCCCCGCAGCCCCUCCGCUUGUGGUGAUGACAGCAGCAGUUGUUCCAGUAGCAGCAGCAGCAGCAGCAGCAGCAGCAGCAGCAGCUGCCUGUCCCACUCAGACCCGCGCAGCCCAGUGGUGGAUGUGCGGAUGAUAGACUUUGCCCACACCACCUGCAGACAUUACCGCGAGGACAGCGUGGUCCACGAGGGCCAGGACACAGGAUAUAUCUUUGGCCUGCAGAAUCUGAUCACCAUAAUCUCCGAGCUGGAGAACCACAGCUCGGGCUAGACGCUGAAAACUUCUGGGAGAAGCUCAUCAGACCCUAAGGCUGUGUUCAGAAUCACUCCCUAUCCACUACAUAGUGGCCUAUGUAGUGAGUUCACCAUUUUGUAGUGCUUUUCGAAUGUGUAGUAAGUAUAGGUUAACCUCUAUAUCAGUGUUUUCCAACCUUUAUUAAGACAAAGCACAUAUUUUACAAAAAUGUCCCAAAAAAGUCAAUACGCUGGUUAAUUAUGUACCUUUUGCCAUCAAGUGGAAGAGCAUUUCAUUGUUCUGCUUGUCACUAUACAUCGCCGGCAUAUAUUGAUGAACAAAGAUACAUCAAUUGUAAGAAAUUCAAUAAUUUUAGGACCAAUUAUGAAAACAUGGAUAAUUUACGGUAAAACAACUUGGUAAUCUUGUGGCACGUUACACUGGUGUAUAUAGUGACCGCAAUCUAUCCCAUAAUGCAUCUUAAAAAGUAGAGAACAACGUUGGUCACUAGAAAAGCCAAUAUAUCCCAUGAAUGAUUUUCCAUUUCCACUUGGGUUUGAUUUUUGGCACGAGACGAAUUCAUGAGUUGUGUCGCAAAAAUAUCUUUAAUGUAAGAAGAGCAACACAUCACAACUCAGAUGGACAUAAAGAGCUUUAUUUGUAUUCAUUUUAUUGAAUAAUAAUAAGCAUUACACUGACAGGAUAUAGUGCUUUGCCAAGGGACACAACAAAGCCAUGCGCUCAGGCAGAGAUACAAACCGAUGACCCUCCGGUUGCAGGGUGUAUGCUUACUCUGUGCGCCACAUAGUUGAAAACAGCGCAAUCUUAUUGUCAUUCAUUUGUCUCAUAUUUGCUACAGAAGUCAACCAGCUGACAUCGAUCUGCUACAUUGUAAUUAUGUGACGUCAAAAACUCUUUUUCAUUUGGCUAAUGAAUGAACUGUAGUUCACUUUAUAAAGAAUUGCGAAAUAAUGAUUCGGGAAUAGGUAAUAACGGAAUGAUUCCGAACACAGCCUAUGUCUGACUGUUGGGACGCCAACUGGACUACAGCAAGCCCCGCUUCAUGUUUGUUGGUGCGUCGCUGUGUUUUGUCCUGUUGUCCGUUUUCAAGUUUGAGUAACACAGCAGAUGUCACAGUUGUGACACAAGACUCAAAAAAGGGCGACUAGCAAAAGAAUGAUGAGCAAUUGUUUCCAUUUCCAAAGAGAGCAUAAAGACUUUGCACACACAAACUGUACCUGCACUUAAAACACAUUCAGCUGGGGUGAGCGUGUGUUUGUUGUCUUAUCUUGAGUUCUACGGUAUUUGUAUGCGGAGAAGUCCACAGAGACUAUAUUCAUAAAUAUCAGAGACAGAAGCGAGAGACUUAUUUAUUUACUGGACAAGUCCCAUUGAGUAAGCAAAUUCUCCAAAUGUAUGAAGGGAGAGCACUACAUUCCAUGUUAUUGCAAUAAUGAUAUUCAUUAAUAUUGUGACAUGACAUGUUUGGAUAUUUCAAGUUUUUAUUCAAUUUUUCUUUUUUUUUUUUUGUCCAUAGGCGAAGAAUUAAAGUGUUUGGU